CUCAAUCGCAGCAUACACAAUUCAUUAGUCGCCGCCGUAAAUCUUUGGAAAAUUAACAAAAAGUUUGGUAUAUUGGCAAGUAAUUCCAUUAAAAAUUGGUGCAAUGCAAGAAGGCGAAGUCGAUAAUCUUGUAGAGAAUGAAAGAUCAACUGGAAAUGAACGGGAAAUUGGCGAUUUUCAUAUGCCUGAACAAACAGACGCCUCCUCAAUGGCUAUACAACAGCAGCAGCAGUCUAUGAAUGAAGCUUCUGCUGCAGUGUCUAUGUUGACGACAACAGAUGCAAUGACUUCGCAGUCUAUGAUGGUGACAACAACAGCGGCAUCGAAUACAACGGCCGCAAGUAGUGGCAACGAAGGAGUUAUUGGCAUAGAAGCUGACAAUGGUGCCGACAAAGGCGAUGACAGCGACGUGGCUGAUGAAGAUGGUGAUGAUGAGACUAAAGAAAACUACGAGGGCUUCAAUGGCACGGGACGCAAUAUCACCCUACAGACUCUGAUGAGCGCCAACGUGUUGCAGCCGGGCAAAUCAGUAAUGACCAUUGAAUAUUUGGGCCAAAAAUUUGUCGGUGACCUUUUGCCUGAUGGCAAAAUAAAGUCUCAAGAAACUGAAACGGUAUUUCUAACACCCAGUGCUUGGGCAAUGAACUGCAAGCGCAUCAUAAAUCCCGAAAAGAAGAGUGGUUGUGGAUGGGCUUCAGUGCGUUAUAAAGGCAAGAAAUUGGAUGCGUUCAAAAAUAAUUGGUUGCGAAAAUGUGCACUGCAAAAGGACUCUGUAUCGGAAGAUAUGGAUAUGGAUGCAGAUAAGAAAUGUGACUCGCCAUUGUCAGUGGUAAAACGUACCGUUUUUCAACACAAUACCAUCACAAAUCGUAAUGUUAUGCAUGAUGCAAAUAUGCUAAUAGAAGCCGUGCCAUUUACAACAGUGGGCAAAUUACAGCCAUUCCUCUUGACUAUAAACUCGUCAGCCUUGUUAUUGGCUGAUUUUCAUUCCCAUUUAACAAUGCACGAGGUAUGUGGUUAUUUAGGUGGAACCUGGGACAUAAACUCGCAUACUUUGGCAGUCACUAAGGCCUAUCCUUGCCGCAACACACGCUUUGAUCGUUCCAAAGCAGCUGACAUAGAACGUGAUAUACAGAAAAAUAUGCUCAAAGACCAGUUGUUGCUAGUCGGUUGGUAUCAUUCACAUCCAAAAUUUCAAGCAGAGCCUACUUUGCGAGAUUGUGAUGCCCAGUUGGACUAUCAAAUUAAGAUGAGAGGUGCUUCGGAUGCCACCUAUACGCCUUGUGUAUCAUUAAUAAUAUCCCCUUAUUUUGAUGAAAAUCCCACUCUAGAAUCGGUUGUAAAAUCUAUUUGGGUUUUGCCGCCUAAUGAAAAUAAGCAGGCCUUGGAAUAUGGCCGCCCUAUGCUAAUGCAGUACUCUGUGUUGCCCGAUAAGGAAGUCCCAGAGGAAGUUCGUUCUGAGAUACAGUCUUGUGUGGACUAUUACUCCCAGUUUCGUAAUGAGGUCGUUCGUUUCCAGAAUAUUUACAACGAUGAUGUGACCUUUAUAGAAAAGCUAAAAAAUACCUUAUAUCCCAAGUUUCCUAUGAAACAAAACGAUAAGGCUUUGUGGAAUUGGAUUUGUGCUGUAUUGGGUUGUGAACAGGAAGACGAUUUCAUUCCUCCGAAAACAAUUAAAAUAAUCGAUGUCAAGGAAGAGACGCCUAAAUUGGCGCCAGAUGCAAAGAUUGAACUAAAGCCGGAGGAGGAACAAAAGUCUGAUGAUACUUUAGCUAAGCAGAUAAGUGCUGCGGAGGAAGCCCUUAGAGUGGCAGAAGAGCAGCAACAACAAGCCGAGCAAAAGGCAAGUGAGCUGAAGGUUCUGUCAUUGCAGGAGCAAUUAUGUCUGCCUUCAGGCUUAAAUAUGAAUCCAGUACGUAUGCUGUCGCCUUUGGCUACUCCCAAUCCCACUGCUGGUGUGGCUGCUACAACUACAACUAGUGCUACGGGCAUUGCCCCUAUCAUUGCACCGCUGACACAACCCCCUACCCCAGCCGUUACUGCAGUUCCGGCCUCAGCACUUAUGCCACCUAUGCCUCCCGUAAUACCUACCAUACCGCCUGCGGCUGUUACUAAUUUGCCUGUGGCAUCGCCCAGAGACAGUCCCAUUACAAUCCCCUCAAAUUCUGCAUCACCAGCUAAAUUUGAGCUGCCAGUGCGAGCUUCGCCCUCACCAGCUAAGUCUGACACUUCUUCGCAUACAUCCAGAACUAGGAACUCGCCAGCACCUAGUCCAGGUAAAUUCAGCAUAAGUGAUAUUGCUCGAAAUAGUCCCAGCAUAACGCCCACCAACAAGUUUGACCCUUCAGCUGGCAGUUUGGUGCCACCUUCUGGAACUUCUUCGUCAGUUUCACAUAAUUUGCCAACGGCCAAUGAUCUAAUGGCUGCGAGUUUGGCCCAAUUGGCUGGCCAAUUGCCACCGAACUUUCUGCAAAGUGAUUUGGCAGCUUUGUUCCAACAACGCAAAGAGUAUGGCAAUACUUCUCUCAAUCAAUUAGCAGCCGCAGCAGCUAAGGUUGGUGGAGGACAAUCGAAUCAGAGCAAAGCACAAAAUACCCCAGCCUCGUCGACGGUGUCUGCGGCUGCUAGUGGCAUGCCCGACUUUUCUGAUCCCAAUGUGGCCGCUGCCGUAGCGGCCUACUCACAGCAAUUUAAUAUGCCUCGGUUGCAGGAUAUGUUGCCGCAAGCUCCAGCACCAGCUCCCGCACCAGCGCCAAGCAAAUCGAAAUCGGAGAGAUCUUCAAAAUCAUCCUCGUCUUCAUCAUCUUCGUCCUCAUCAUCGAAUAGCUCGAAUUCUUACAAAACGAAACUUAUGAAGGAAUUGGACGAAUUCAAAAAUGACCCACUCAAGAUGUCUGAAUUGAUACGGUCACCGGAAUAUGCAGCUCUUUUGCUGCAGCAGGCCGAAGCUCUGGGAGCUACCACCUUGGGCACAUUGGGAUUCGGGGCUGACUUUAGCUAUUUAGCCGGUGCCGCUGGUUUGACACCCGCGCCAUCGCAAGCGAGCAAGAGCAAAAACUCUUCGGCUGCUGCUGCGGCAGCAAAUGCGGCGGCUGCAUCAGCAGCAGCCUUAUCCGCUGACUACAACAAUCUUCUCCAGUCCUAUUCGUACUUGCAGCAACAGUCGAAAACCAACGACUUGAAUGCCUUCCUGCAACAGCAGAUGACAGCAGCCGCUGCCGCUGCGGCCAUUAGCGUGCCGCCUUCAGUUUCACCGAGCACAUCAAAGAAACAACAGCAGCAACAACAGCAGCAGCAACAGCAACAACAACAGCAACAAAUGCAUGCAGACUAUACAACUCUCUUGCAAACGUAUUCAAAACUCUUCGAUCCAUCGAAUCAAUUUUCUGCUCUCACAGGAAAAGGAGGUCCCACUCCUCAUGAGUUAUCAGCCCUGCUAACAGCUGGUAUGGCUGGAGCUGGUGGUGGUGGCGGCGGGCCCACGACAUCCUCCUCAUCUUCGGCAAAACAGAAACACAAAGAAGCCCAGCAACAAUUGUCGCAACAAACCGACAUGUUGAACCAGUUGUUACAGUCGGAAAAACAGCAGUCCGACUUGAACGCUUUGUUGUAUCAUCAAAAUAAGGCAGCCGCCGAUUUAAAUGCUCUCUUUGCACAACCCACUUCAGCACCACCAUCAUCGAAUACACCGUCAUCCUCAAAAUCUGGUGGAGGCUCUGGACCCAAUUCAACAGGUGCCCCCUCGCCCCUAACAGAUCCUGCUGCUGCUUAUUACAAUGCCUUGGCUCAAGAGAAAAUGCAAGACUAUGCCGCCUUUUUCCAGCAGCAUCAACAGCAACCGGGCAAAUUUGGUAUACCCGAUCCUUUGGCUAAGUCCACACUGGCAGCGAAUAAUCUAUUCAUGUCGCCGUCGGCUUUGUUGAAAAUUCAACAGGAGUCCCUGAAUGCCAUGAUGAUGAAACCUCCUAAAUCGACAAGUUCUUCAUCUAGAAAUCGAGAAUCGUCAGCCUCGCCGGCACUGGAGCGCUUAACACCAACCAAAUCUGGUGUCACCGGUGGUUCAUCCACGCCCGGUGGUGGCAAAUACAACUUUAGUGCUGUUGACUUGGCCAUUUCGAGUGUGCCCUCGAACACUCCUUCGCCGGCGCCAUCUGAUGGUAGUAACUCAUCUUCGCAUCGACGUCCAUCGAAUACACCACCUGUAGACUUGACUCGUUUGUAUGGUGAGUUGGCGCCCCAUGGUUCAUUGGCAGCCUUGAGUGCCGGUUUGGGUGCUGCCGGCUUAGCAGGUGUGGGCACCAAAAAGCGUAUGGAAUUUUCUUCAAUUGCUGAUUUGGCUGCUCCACCACCAGCAAAAAUUCCUAAGACUGGCGAUGAUGUUUUAAAUCUAUCCAAUGAAUAAGAAUGCUGCAAACAUGUCAACUUCUCUAAUUUGUACAACCUUUAAGAUUUUAAUUAGUAUUAUCCGUAAGCACUCAAAAUCCAGUAGGGGAUGUUGAAAUGGUACAUCUAGAGUGGGCUUUUCAAGUGCAAUUGCAAGCCCUCUCUUGUUAGAAUUUUGUAGACAAAUGCACUGUACCCAUUCCCCUCUCUCAUAGACGAAGAUCGAAUAUCUACUUUUAGUAGUUUUAGAGUAUUAUCCGUUUAGCUUACCCUCAUAUUUGUUUUAGUGCACCUUCGAUCAAUUGGCCUCUUUUGUUCAAUUUUUGUAUUCUUUUAGCUUUUAAAGCUAUUUGUUUUGGCCCACCUCCUCAACGCAUAGUAUGUAUGGAAAAUCCAGUAUUCGUUUAUAAUUAAUUUUAUGUAUACAAACUUUUUUACUUCUAUUUCUUUCUUUUUUUUUAAUAUAACCAUAAGUAGGAAAGCAGCCUGUUCGUAUUGAUCGUUUUCCUUGAAAAUGUAUUUCACUUUUAAGUAGCAAUAACGGGACAUUUUUAACAACUAUACUACCAUAUAUGUAUAUACAUUCAUAUAUGCUAUUGGUGUGUUAUCAGUAUAUUUCUUUUUUUUUUAAACAAUAAUUUAAAUUUAAAUAAGAGCAAUGAACUAUAAAUAUACUUUACUCAAGCAUAAUUAAAAA